CUCAUCCACCUGGCGCAAACGACUGCCGACUCCCUGACCAUCGGGGUCUGACGCCUCGCUGUCUCCUCACGCGCGUGCCCAGGUCCCUGUGUACUCUGCACCCUGGGUUGGGCCCCGGGACUGAGCUGUGUCUCUGCAGGACGCCUCUCCCCGUUUCUUACUUUCUGGGUCCGUGCUCGGGACCCACCCCACCCAGGGGCAGAGCACAGAGUGACCGGGGAACACGCUUGUAACGUCUGCAUCGGCCCAGUGAGCCUCCGGAAGGGCUCCCCUGACGCCUUCUCCAACACUUUCCCGAUGUGCUUUCGGCAAGUGUUCGGUGGGGGGACAGGUCUUCAUACAACAAGGAAGUUUCGAGUUGUGGGUUCGAGGGGAAGCUUGUCUCUGACGGCUGUGCAGGGCUCUCCCCGGAGCCUGGGUGACCGCCCUGCCUGCCACUUCUCCCAGAAACUCGUUGGGCCCCAGACUCGCUCAGGAAGCUUCUAGAUCCACAGGGGGAGGGGCAGCAGGAAAAACAGGUUGCUUCCUGUUUGCACCCCUGGGGCCGUCAGACCAGGCCCACUGAUCGGAGGCCAGCAUGUCCCUGGGCAGGGGCUCCAGGACGCUCGUGGACUGAAAGCUGUGCGCUGAGGGUGACUGCCCACCGCGACCCUCCCACCAGAACACUGAGUGGUCAGAGGGAGCGAUGGACAGCCAGGGUGGCCAGAAAGGCGGAGGCGGCCCGGCCACACGGAAGCCAGGGAGGGCCUCCGUGUCCGCAGACGUCCGUCAGCAGGCGGAUGGAGCCCAGCAGCAGGAUGAGCUGCAGUUUCACACAGGGAUUCCUGGACCCACGCGCAGCGUCGGAAUCGGAUUUCGGUCCUCAGUGGUUUCUCCUCGUUUCCGGUUAACGGAACCGCUGGCCGGAAACGACAAACUAAUGGUGCCCCGCAGCCGGAGCUGGGAACUGAAUCAGGAGACAGAGGCCCAGAGAUGGAUGUGUUUUGUGCACACAGCCUGCUCUGUGCUGCUCCCAUUCCGAUCCUGUGACUGCAUCCCAGCGCGGCUCAAAUUUGGAAGUGCCCCGGGAGGACUCCGACUACAGCAUGAAACGGGGACCUGGCUGGUUCCCCCAGAGGAGUCCCGCAGUCAUGCUGAGCCAGCAUGGGGUCUGCUCCAGGGGAGACGAGCUCCACCCCCGCAGCAUCUUCUCCUCCGGAGGCCUGGGACCCUCUGCCCUCCUCACCUCCUGAAGAUCUCAGAGAAUCCAGAAUGGAGAAUCACUCUCCUCCGGGGAUCCUCCGCAUUCUCUCCAUCUUGGACUGUGGAAUGAAGACCACCCUUGGAGAAGGUGCCGAAGGUGGCUGAGCCCCUCUCUGCUGUCCCCUCAUCCUGUUCUGUCGUGUGAGCAAGAAAGGAACCUCCAGUGUUUGGAGUGGUUGUUAAGGCUGUAUAUCCAGCUCACAUUUACAUUAAAGGAGAAGGUUGAUCACAAAAAUAACUCAUA